ACCAGCUUCUCGUAUUUUUAUACGGUCAGUGAGAGGAAAGUCUUUACUGCCAAAAACGUCUGACCCCUUUAUUUUAUAUCCAUUAUGUAGUACUGAGUCCCUUACAUUGAGAGAUUGAGAUACUAAUUUUAGAAGCAAAGUUUGAUUCUGUUUUCAAGUUUAUUUGACUACUUAGUCACAAAACUUUUAUCAAGAUGACUCCAAAGAUUUCCUGAUCUGGUUCGGGUUCUGAGUCCUCACUUUCCUUGAAUCGAUAAAAGACAUGACCCGUCAAUUUGACUAGCAUUCAAUUUAUCAGCUACUGUUUGUUGGACUGACUGUUCUUUGCCAACAUAGUGUCGUUUCAGUUUAUUGAUUUAUUCCUUUUCAUUAGCUCUCAUUGGAGUAGCGAUCACAGUCGCGCUACAUACCGUAAGAUCCUGGAGGAUUGUCGAGGACCUGGGUGGUUAGGUUGUUGCUUUUCCAGCUAUAAACAGACCUGGGGCGAGAGACAGAAGAAACACUCUUCCUUGAGCUUAUAUUUCUAACAGACUUCUUCGAUAUAGGUGCGUUCUCCUCUGGUCCAUGUAAGUCACCCGUCUCGGAGCUUAUUUGAGGUAACAUUACGUAAAUUUGUGUAGUGAUUGAGUGGGUGCCACUUAAUGUGUCUCGAUUACGUUUGCUUUACUAAACGGUUUGAAAGUCGCGAGCGUUAGAUUCGUGAAAACGUCGUGGUACCAUCUUUUGCACUGAUCGCACCUUGACUUAUCAAAAGCUUUUGAUAAGGUCAGCCAUAUAUGUCCUGUCAAUAAGCUCAAACGAUUAGAUAUCAAGUCACGUUUAUUUGAUUGGCUCACUUCAUAUCUAAAAAUCGACAUUUUAACGUCAGGGUUAACCUUUACCCAUCAAAGCUCAGGCGUAUAAGAGGUGACGUUGUAAUGACAGCAUCCUAAAUACUUCUGGACAUCCUUUUAAACACCUAAAGUUUAGUUCCAACACAAACAUAAGGGGUAACAUUCAGGAACUGGAGACAACACAACAGAACGAAUUGUAGAUACACCUUCUACUCCCUUAGAGUAGUCGAAUGCUGGAACUCGCUAACGACUCAGCUAGUCCAAGCGACUUCCCGAGAGUCCUUUAAGAGGAAACGUAAAAUAUUCUUAAGGAUUAAAGUUAGUAUCUUACUAUGAUAUACCAAUUUCUUUUUCCUCUUAUCGGUAAUAUACCUAGGUUACUGUCUGGAGGUAUCGGUGAUGCACCGCUACUAGAUACAAAAGCUCGUUAAGCGAAAGCUUCUUCUAUUCCAUUCUAAACCAUUUGAACCAUCUCCUACCACUUUCACCAGUAUACCAAUAAACUGGGCGUUGGCAACUACUUUUUUGUAUUGUCCGGUCAUUAAUCAUAGGUUUUCAUAAGAAACUAGACAUAAUAUUCAGAGACAAAAAUAUGAUCAGAAAAGAAGUAUAAGACUGAAAACUGUUAGAUCCGAAAGUGUAAACAAAUUCAAGAAAACCAAUGUACUCGAAAGGUACAAACAGUAAGUUAUUUUUGAGAAAAUCGAAACUUGUAACGAUUACUUUGACUGGAAUACACGCAACAAGAAUGAAAACAGUAGUCUUGAUGUGUAAUAAACGAUUACAGCAAUAAAAUUAACUCAUCGAGACAAAAUACCACUGUCCUUUUAAAUGGCGCGCGUUGAUGAUCUCUAGUCUAUACUAGUUAAGAGGAACUUUGUUAUAUAUAUUUUGAAAUAGAGUUUGAAUGUCACUUGAACUUCUGUUGAUCUUCCGAAAAGUUCUGACUCGAAGUUUGUGCAAUCUAUCAAUGUCUUUUUGUAGAAUAUCUUGAUUCUGAUGGUCAGGUUGAAUAGUGUGAUUUCUUCGGUUUUGAUUUUAGAAUCCAAUCUCUAUAAUGUCUAGGGGAAUAACAUUGUAUGGCCAACAAAUUGCCCAAGCUGUUGGUCAAAAAAUUAGAUCAGAUGUGGCUUAUUUAAAAUCAAACUUCAACAUUUCUCCCAAAUUAGUCGUUAUUGAAGUUGGUAAUCUACCUCAGUCAAAGUUAUACAUAAAGCAAAAAUCCAAAUUUGCGAAAAAAUAUGGCGUACUUUUGUCUCACAUGCAAUUUCCAUCACAUAUACCUGAGUCAGUGCUUUUAGAUUACGUUUAUAAGUUAAAUUCUGAUUCAUCAGUGCACGGUAUCACUUUACAAUUACCGUUUGAUUCCGAUUCAAAUAUUAAUGUUACUAAUUCACUGAAUGCUGUUGCUACUCUCAAGGAUGUUGAAGGUCUAAAUCCUUAUAAUACAGCUGUAUUAAGUCGUGGGGAUAUACUAUGUCCUCACUGUGAAAACGUAAAACAACAGCAUGUUCAUAUACCUUGUACAGCAGCCGCUUGCUAUGCUUUUAUUCGUCAUGUUAAUUUUCCUAUAAUUGGUUCACGCUGUGUAAUCAUUGGUGGUGGUCGUCUUGUUGGAGCACCCACAGCGGACUUGUUGUCACGAUCGUGCGGUGCAACAGUUAUACAAUGUCAUAUACAGUCAAAUAAUAUUAACGAAGAAAUUAAGCGAGGUGAUGUUGUCAUCUCGGCAGUUGGACAUCCAAAAUUAAUAAAGGGUGAAUGGAUUAGACCAGGAGCAUUGGUAAUUGAUUGCGGCUAUUCUGUUCAGAAUGAUCCUCAAAAUCCAAACAAAUCACGAUGUGUCGGUGAUGUAGAAUUUGAAGCAGCUAUAGAAAACGCGAAGUGGAUUACACCAGUUCCAGGUGGUGUUGGUCCAGUUUCAAUCGCUAUGUUAUUUCGUAAUACUGUAAAUAGUGCUAAAUGGUCUGUAGGAUUAAAUAAUUCCAUAUGUUCUUGUCAAAAUUAUUGUGAAAAUGAUAUCCUAUCUAAAGAGUAUGUUGAUAGAAAAGUGUCUACAUAAAAAAGAUGAUAGCUGUCUUAGUUAAUCUAAUCAAUGGAUAUUGUUUUUUAUUUAAAUAUAUUCUGUACUUAUUCAAUUAUCUUGAACAGAUUCUAA